AUGGAGGAAGAUAAUGAUAUUGAGGUAGAUAAUAUAUCAAAUAUAAAUAAAUUGAACAAAUCUAGUAUAUCUGAAAAUGUAAAUAAAAAUGUGCAUAAUGAAAUGAAUAAUGUAAAGAGUUUUAUUAAUAAUAUCUCAAAAAAAAACAUAAAUAAUGAAAAUAAUAAUAAAACAAAAUAUAAAAAUAACAUUUAUUAUAGUGAAUCAAAAAAUAGUGUAGAUAAUUCUCCAAAUACAUAUGACAAAAAAAUAAAGAAAAAUUACGAAAAUUCAAAAAAUACUAAUAAUUUAAAAUAUAUUAAUAGUGAUUCAAAUAGAAAUUUAAAUGUUAAUGAAAAUAAAAAUACUAAGUUGAAUUAUGAUAUAAAUUUAAACAAUAAUGUUAAAGAUAAUGUUAAUUAUGAAAAAUGUAUUAAUGAUAAAAUAAAUAGUACAAAAAAUAAUGAUGAUACUAAUAUUUAUGAUAACAUAAAUAACAAAGUUAAUUACAAUAAUAGUCUUGAUGACAAUGUAAAUAUUAGUAAUACAAAUAAUAUGAACAUUUGUAAUAAUAAUAACAUUCAUUUUAAUGAUAAUAAUAAUAAUAUUCAUGAUAAUAAUAUAUAUAAUAGUAAUAAUAAUAACAGUAUCAGUGAAAAUAAUAAAGAUUCUUGCAAUACAUGUAACAAUGAUGGUAAAAUUAAAGAUAGCAAUAUAAAUAAUAAUAGUAAUAAUACCAUUAUAAACAAAAAUAACUAUAGUGUUGAUAACAUUAAUAAUAGUAAUGAUAAUAUUAAUAACAAUAUAAAUAAUAAUAGUAAUAAUAACAAUAUUAGUGAAAAUAAUGGAGAUUCUAAUAAUACUUAUAAUAGUGAUGACAAUAUUAAUGAUAACAUUAGCGGUGAAAGUAGAGAAGGUUCUAAAAAUGCUUCUAAUGAUGAUAAUAAUACUAAUGAUAACAUUAGCGGUGAAAGUAGAGAAGGUUUUAAAAAUGCUUCUAAUGAUGAUGAUAAUACUAAUGAUAACAUUAGCGGUGAAAGUAGAGAAAGUUCUAAAAAUGCUUCUAAUGAUGAUGACAAUAUUAAUGAUAACAUUAUCAGUGAAAAUAGAGAAGGUUCUAAAAAUGCUUCUAAUGAUGAUAAUAAUAUAAAUAAUAAUAGUAAUAAAAAUAUCAACAAAAAUAGCAAUAGUGUUAACUAUGUUAAUAACAAUAAUGACAAUAAUAAUGAUAGUAACAAUGAUAUUAUCAACAAAAAUAACAUAAAUGUUUACGAUAUGAAUAAUAGUAAUUAUCAUUUUGAUAAUAGUAAUAAAAAUAGCAAUAUAAAUGAUAACAUUAUAAAUAAUAAUAAUAAAAUUAAUAAUAGCAAAAUUACCAAUAAUAUAAAUAAUAGUAGUGAUAAAACUAAGGAUAUACAUAAAAGUAAUAAUAGUAGUAGUUGUGGUAAUGAUAAACCCAAUAGUAAUAUUCAAUAUAAUGAAGAUAAUAAUGACAAUAAUAUUGAUUUUAAUAAUAAUAAUAAUAAUAAUAAUGACAAUGAAUAUAACAAAUUAAAUAAUUGUUAUUUGAAUAAAAAAAAUGAAUCAAAUUAUAUAGAAAGCAAUAAUUUAAAAUCAUAUAGUGAAAAAGAUUUAAAUGUAGUAGAAAUACAAACUAGAAAAGAUAAAACAUUUUUAAGUAAUUUUUCAAGUUCAUUAUCUAGAUCAGAUAGUAUGAAUAGUAAUUUAAUAAAAAUAAGCCAUAAAAAUGAAGAAUGGGAGCAAAAAAAAAAGUGGAAUUUUUCCUUUUUAUUUAAAAAUAUAAAAUCAAUAGUUGUAAAAAAUUAUAUUUUUGUAGCUAAAAAAUGUGGGAUACCUAAUCAGCCAAAUAAACCAGGUCCCGUUUUAGCUAUAAGUAUAGAAAAAGGAAAUAAAAAUGAAUCAAAUAAUAUAAUAGUUCAGACACCAUGUGCAUAUGAAAAAUAUUCAUUAAAAGGAAAAUUAAUUCAACAUAAAAGCUUAUAUCCUUGUACUAUUACUUGUAUGAUAAAUGGUAGCAUAGGUGGGAUAGGAAAAGUGGUUAUUUUAGGAACACAAAAUGGUUUUGUAUUAAUUUAUAAAAUUGACAAAUUUGAAUGUAUAUUGAAAUUAAAUACAAAAGAAUGCUUAAAAAGAUACUUUAGUAACUCUACGAAUAAUAGAAAAACUAUGAAUUAUACUAAUAUAAAAGACAAUAUAAUAAAUUAUUAUAAUAAUGAAGGAAAUAGUAAUAUGUUAAAUUUUUCAGUAUUAAAUGAUUUUGAUAAUGAUUUAUCAUAUCAGAUUUCAGGUAUCUCAGUUAAAUCAACUUUUGCUAAUUUUAUACAUUGGAUAAUUGCAGGUAAUAUGAAAGGAUACAUUUUUGUAUGGGAAGUACCAAGUGGAAACCUAAUAAAAAUCCUUAUUCACCCAAUUCAUUUUUUUAACGAUUUAAAAAAAAAAAAAAAUAAGUCAAAUAAUUAUUACUCUUCUAGUGAAAAUUUCAAUUACAAAAAAAAAAAAUUUAAAAAAAAAAAGAUAAUAAAAAAGAAAUAUAAUAAUGAAAAAAAUUUAAACAAAUAUGUGCAAAGUGAUAAAACAAAAACUCAGCAAACAAAAAAAAAUAGUAAACACACAAAAAAGUUAUCUGCUGACAGUAACAAUAAAAAGAAAAAUAGUUAUUUAAAUGCAAAAAUUAAUUCUUCAAGUGAUACUAGUUUCUGUAGUAAUACUUUAUACCAAAGAAAUUCUAAACUCGACAAAAAAUUGGUCGAAAAAAAGAAUAAAAUAAUUUAUGAAAAAAAUAAAAAAAGAAAUUUCCAAAAAGUUACUUCGAAAAAAAUGGAAAGAAGAACAGAAGUAAAAGAAAAAAAAAAGGUAAUUAAUAAUUAUAAGGAUAGACAAAGUGAUAAAGAAGAGAACAAAAUAAAUGAACAAGAAAAAAAAGAUAAUGAAGAAAAUGACAGUGAUGAAGAAAAUAAUAGUUAUGAAGAAAAUAAUAGUGAUAAAGAAAAUGACAGUGAUGAAGAAAAUGACAGUGAUGAAGAAAAUUAUAGUGAUGAAGAAAAUGACAGUGAUGAAGAAAAUGACAGUGAUGAAGAAAAUGAAAGUGAUGAAGAAACUGAUAGUGAUGAAGAAAAUGAAAGUGAUGAAGAAAAUGAUAGUUAUGAAGAAAAUGAUAGUGAUGAAGAAAAUGAUAGUUAUGAAGAAAAUAGCAGUUCCGAAGAAAAUAGAAAUGAUGAAGAAAAUAAUGAAAAACAUGACGAUAAUCAUCAUAAAAGAAAUAAUUCUGGUGAUAAUUAUUUAACCGAUUCUGAUGAACAUAACUCUAUUAAUAAAGAGAGUAAAAGAAUAAAAUUAAAAAAGAAAUCUCAGUAUCAUCAGAAAAAUGUUUCAAAUAAGUGUUACGUAUCGGCUAUACUAGCCGUCACACAUAAAUAUGAGUUGUGGGUGGCAUUUGGUAAUGGUUAUAUAGCUGUUUAUGAUUUAUAUGAUUUUCAGUUACUUCUUUAUACAUGUAUUUCAAAAAGUCCAAUAAUGGAUUUAAAAUAUUCGAAAAUAUUAGAAGAUGUUUUAUUAUUAAUUGGUAAUAACUAUUUAUCGGUGUGGGACACCAAAACAUUAAAGCAAACUAAAAAAAUACCAACUAAUCAAAUUAUUAAAAAUUCUUCAUUAUCUACUCUAUAUUUAUUAGAACCACCCAACUCAUGGAAAUAUAAAAAGGUAGUCCUCAUUGCCGGAUGUAAUAAUGGAUCAUUGUGUGUAACUAAUAUAACAAAAAAAAUGGAUGGUGAUUUAAUUUUUUCAUAUAUUAAAACUUACGAUAAGCAAUUUGAACCUUUUGUUCCAAUCAGCUACAUAUAUAUUGAACCUAGUAUUAAUGCAGCUUUCGUUGGAGAUGCCAGUGGUGUUGUUUUUACUCUACCAAAAAUUUUAAACACUCUAAAGUAUGAUGAUAAUUCUACAUAA